GCUGGCCCGUUGCGAGCCCGCCGAUAUACCGCGCCUCUCUCGCACGCUCGCGCGCCCGCUGCUCCGUGUGCACGCUUUGAUCGCGACGACUGCGUGUGCCAGUGCGUUGACCCAGUUCGUCCUUCACGUUUGUCCUCGGAGCGACGUGUGCCCGCGACCAUAAAGCCAGUGAAACGGAACGCAACGUAACGCAACGGAGCCGCAACGGAACGGAGGCGGGGCAGCGGAAUAAUCGGCGGCCUUCCCCGAAAGACGCCGGCGGAAAAACCGCGUCGCCGAGGGGCGCGAGUGUUGUAAACACGCGAGCGGCUCGCGGCCGAGUCGCGCACGCCGAGUCAGGCAGAGGAUCGGCCGAGCAAAAUCCCUCCUCGAGGCAGUGCGUCGUCGUCGUCGUCGUCGCUCACAUGGUCUGUGUUUUGCUCCCCGUGGCACCACCUCCCUCCCCGCAGACGGUGCGAGCCCCGCGAGCGAGCUGAAACGCCGUCGACACGCUCGUCGAAACACGUCGACCCGGCCCCCGUGCCGCGUCCUUUACCCCUUCGCCGCCGUGCAAUGACCGCGCGACGCUGCCUUCGACGUGGCCUUCGGCGAGACGCGCGCAGACGUUAAAAUCAUCGUCCGCGUCCGAUCCGCCUUUGACGUAGUCCCCCGGUUCUCGUUAGCCCGACGUCACUGUCGUCGGGACACCCGGCAGAAGGCUCUCCCCGUCGACGUGUGCCGCGUCGGCGAACCAGCUUCGGCUCGUCGAACCACGUCCGCGCUUCUGCGGUCCGCCGUCAAUCGACGCGCUGCCACGCGAGGUGUGCACCUGACAGCAGUCUGCCCCGUUGAUAUCGAGCCUCUCUCUCUCUCUCUCUCUCUCUCUCUCUCUCUCUCUGUCUCUCUCUGGGCGACCCUACCGCGGGGAAUCUCGGUCGCUCGGUGGCUCGCGGAGCUGGCUGAAACGGCUCGCUAAAAGGCGAGCAGCGUCGCCGACGAAGAUGUCGCGCCGUUUGGCCCACUGAAACGAUCGUUCGCGGCGACGAGGAGAACGAUACGCAGCGAGCGAGCCGGAUACUUUCGGCGCCGGGUACGGCGACCCGUACGAAUAUGGAUACGUUCCUGAUAAUGGGCAUCUUCUUCCUGUGCUACGAGGUGUGCGAUCUGAUCAGGCGUUACGCCACACCGCAAACGGCCGAGCCGCGCCGCUCGCUCGAAACUUCCGCAGCACCGCCUUCGCAACGCGUGUUCUCGAUCUCCCACAGGAUGCAGAACCGUCCAGCCUGUUGCCCGCAGUAAGCCUGGGAUCAUCUGCCUCAGCCGACACACACACGGUCUCUCUCUCUCUCUCUCUCUCUCUUUCUCUCUCCCGUGGAACCGGAACUCCGAGCGAGACGCCGGACGAGAGCGAUCCGUCAACUUCUGACGCGCGGGGAUCGCUGUCUAAGGAGCGAGCCGCCGCCACGAAGACACGUACGUGUCAGCUGAUUCCGGCCGGAUUACCCUGAGGAGAGCCAGCUCGCGACACGGAGCGACGCUCGACGAUUAGCCGACACGUUCCCGUUAACGAAGCGAGGAGGAACAGUUUCGCCGAGUGAGGCAGCUUCGCGAGGAUUCUUCGGUGACAGCUCGGCCGUUCGGGCGACCCGAAGAAGUUGGAUCGUUCAAGGAGCCUCGAAGAAGUGAAAAGACCUCGUCGACGACGUCGCAAUCGGCUUUGGGAGUUUACAAACAUUCGUCUGCUGCCGCUGCUCGCGUGCCGGACGAGCGACGAGAUCUUAAAGCGUGCCGAACGCGGGUCGAAUCGAACGUGUUCCUUCGAAUCCGUCGCCUCGAAUUGAAUUCACCGGGGCACCCGGACCACUGUGUAGGCUGGAACAGAUCGAAAACAGCGUCGGGCAUCGUCGGAAUCGAUCGCAGAAGCGUCGCGGGACGCGUAAUCAACGCGUGCCGACUUGAUCGCGCCGCUACUAGCGAGCCGAGGCGGAAAGUCGAGUCAUCCCUCAAAAGAUUCGGCAGCGUCGGUAUUAGCCUAAAUUCCCGGCGGUCCCAAAGGAAUGCGGGAUUGCGUCGCGUCGGCCGAGCGCGAGGAUUAAUCCGAUCGAGUGACGGACAGCGCGAGGAACAUCGGCAGAGCGGCCGAGCACCCAGCGACGUUUACACGAAUCAGCAUGACAUUAGGAUCCUAAUAGAGUCGGCAGGCAUCCGUCAGACAGAGCGCGACCGGCACCCAUCGGUAGGCGGGGGGAACGGCCCUGACGGCGAUCGGGGCCGGAAUUGUGCCCGACAAAUGUACCGAACAUGAUGGAGCGUGUACCAGGCCGGAUCGAUAGCGAGACGACGCGAACGCGAUAGAGAGAGCGAGAGAGGAUCGCCCGGCAAACCGGCCCCUAAUCGAUGCGAUCGACGCGAUCCCGAUUGAUGUAGCGCGACGACGCUCGUCUGGGAGACGACGCUCGCACCGGACCUCGUGCACCGCGGGAAGAUGCGCGUUCGAGCGGAUACGAGCGGAACGAGACACGGAGAAGCUUGCCGGCCGUGCGUGCCGGUGUCGGUCUCGCGUUGCUCGCGCUACCAGUGAGCUGCGUUUGCCCAUCCGAAUCGACGUCGGUUCGUUCGUCAGGCCACAGCUACUGUGCCCUCCUCUACGCGUCUGUUUACGCUGCAGCGACGAGCUCCGGUUCCGCGCGGAUGCACGGCAACACGACGGCGAUCGAUGAUCCCCGGAUGUCGCCGGGAUCUCGACACGAAAAGAAGUCCCGAGUUCGCCAAGAGACGUUGAGCUGGGAUCGAGAGACCCGCUGGCAGUCUCCACGUGGCGUCGCUGCGGACGACUGUCGUCCUUGGAACUGCACGACGAUGCGCUCCGUUCUUGGGCCCGACCUGACACUACGCCGUCAGAACGUUCCGCGGAUCGAGUAACGCCGCUCGAGCCGGACAGUUCUCCUCGUUCGUUUCGCGACAGUGUUUCGCGACCUUGACAGUCUCGCCUGGUUUCAGUGAUUGACCCUAAUGUGCCACUGUUCGCCGGUGUUCGAAUUCUCGCACGGUUAAGUAUCUGUUGUUGUUGUUGUUGUUGUUGUCGUUCCGCUUCUUCCUGCCGAGGGUUUCGUUAGAGACGGAUUGUUCGGAGCGAAGAGGAGUUUUCGAGGUGUUCGAGAGAAGAGCCAAAGCGGGGAUCGGAAGAUUCGGAAGAACGCGCCGCCCGGUCCAGAGAGAGACAUGGACUCUCUGGAGCGGCUGAUGAGCGCAGGAUUGCACCAGCCUGCCCUGAUGGCGGUCACCAGGUCGCCGAACGCGUUCGUUCAGGCUAACCUUUGCUCCGUGGUCGGUAGGAAGGGUCGUCACCUCACUGGCACCUUCUGCCUGACCGGGGACACCAUGGAAGGCAUUAUACAGUGCCUCGUGUUCCUCAAAGCGUUCUCGCUGGUGGGCGGUGAAUUCGACAUGGAGCUGAACUUCGUGAUUCAGGACGCGCAGAACAUCAGGCACAUGCUGGAACUCCUCGAUCAUUGCCCGCCGAAUCUCCAGGCCGAAAUAUGGAGCGUCUUCAUCGCGAUCCUGAGGAAAAGCGUGCGGAAUUUGCAGGCGUGUACGGACGUAAGCCUCAUAGAACACGUGUUGCACCGGCUGUCGCGCGCGGAAACCGUUGUCGCAGAUUUGCUGAUCGAUAUGCUCGGAGUGUUGGCCAGCUACAGCAUCACGGUGAAGGAAUUAAAGCUUUUGUUCGGCGCUAUGAAAGCUGUCAAAGGGAAAUGGCCACGGCAUUCGGCGAAGCUGUUGAACGUUCUCCGCCAAAUGCCGCAACGAAACGGACCCGACGUGUUUUUCAGUUUUCCUGGCAGGAAAGGAUCGGCAAUCGUCCUGCCGCCGCUCGCGAGGUGGCCCCACGAGAAUGGCUUCACGUUCACAACGUGGUUCCGAUUGGACCCCAUCAACUCCGUUAAUAUCGAACGCGAAAAGCCAUACCUCUACUGUUUUAAAACUAGCAAAGGAGUGGGAUACUCUGCACAUUUCGUAGGGAACUGCCUGGUCCUCACCUCGAUGAAAGUAAAGGGCAAGGGCUUCCAGCAUUGUGUCAAAUAUGAAUUUCAACCGCGCAAGUGGUAUAUGAUCGCCGUAGUGUACAUAUAUAAUAGGUGGACGAAGAGCGAAAUUAAAUGUUUGGUCAACGGUCAAUUGGCUUCGAGCACCGAAAUGGCGUGGUUCGUUUCGACAAACGAUCCUUUCGACAAAUGUUACAUCGGAGCAACACCGGAACUGGACGAGGAGCGGGUGUUCUGCGGACAAAUGAGCGCGAUUUAUCUGUUCAGCGAAGCUCUGACUACGCAUCAGAUAUGUGCUAUGCAUAGACUGGGGCCUGGAUAUAAGAGUCAGUUUCGUUUUGACAACGAGUGUUACCUGAAUCUGCCUGACAAUCACAAAAGGGUGAGUGAUGAGCCGGAGCUCACGAGCAUGGUGGACCAAAGUAUGCAAACUGUGCUUUACGAUGGCAAGCUGUCAAACGCGAUUGUGUUCAUGUACAACCCGGUGGCUACGGACUCUCAACUUUGCCUGCAAAGUGCACCGAAAGGCAACGUCUCCUAUUUUGUACAUACACCGCAUGCCCUCAUGCUGCAGGAUGUCAAAGCUGUCAUCACGCAUUCCAUUCACAGCACGCUGAACUCGAUUGGCGGCAUUCAAGUAUUAUUCCCUUUGUUCUCGCAGCUAGAUAUGCCUUACGAUUGCAUAGCGCCGAACGAUGUGAAACGAGAUCCAGCGUUAUGUUCGAAACUGUUGGGGUUUAUUUGCGACCUGGUGGAGAGCUCGCAAACAGUGCAGCAACACAUGGUACAAAACAGAGGAUUUUUGGUAAUUAGCUACAUGCUGCAAAGAGCAAGCAGAGACCAUUUGACAACCGAGGUCCUCGCGUCCUUCCUCGAGCUGACGAAGCAUCUGGUGACCUGCCUGAGCGCGAACAGCGACUUGUUAUUGAAACAGUUGUUUUACUUUUCAUUCCUAACAUGGCAGCUAUUGGAUCACGUCCUUUUUAAUCCCGCUCUUUGGAUAUAUACGCCGGCGCCGGUGCAAACCCGGCUUUAUUCGUACUUGGCCACAGAGUUUCUCAGUGACACGCAGAUCUACUCGAACGUGAGGAGGGUCUCCACGGUAUUACAAACGGUGCACACGCUUAAGUACUAUUACUGGGUUGCCAAUCCGCGAGCCAAGAGUGGCAUCACGCCGAAAGGACUCGAUGGCCCGCGACCUCAGCAGAAGGAUAUUUUGACAAUACGCUCUUAUAUUUUGUUAUUUCUGAAACAACUGAUCAUGAUCGGGAACGGAGUGAAAGACGACGAGCUGCAAAGCAUUCUGAAUUACUUGACGACGAUACACGAGGAUGAGAACUUGCACGACGUGUUGCAAACGCUUAUAUCGUUGAUGUCCGAGCAUCCGUCGUCGAUGGUGCCCGCCUUCGACGCGAAGCAAGGCGUCAGAACGAUAUUCAAACUGCUGGCGGCGGAGAGCCAGCUAAUACGACUGCAGGCACUUAAGUUGUUAGGUUUCUUCCUCAGUCGUAGUACACACAAGUAUGAGCGGAAGUACGACGUGAUGAGCCCCCACAAUCUCUACACCCUGCUGGCCGAGCGAUUGUUGUUGAACGAGGAGACACUGUCAUUGCCAACGUACAACGUUUUAUACGAGAUCAUGACGGAGCACAUUAGCCAGCAGAUCCUCUACGCCAGGCACCCCGAGCCGGAAUCCCAUUCCCGACUAGAGAACCCAAUGAUACUGAAGGUGGUCGCGACACUGAUACGACAAUCAAAGCAAACGGAGCAACUGCUGGAGGUGAAGAAGCUGUUCCUCUCGGACAUGACGCUGCUCUGCAACAACAACCGCGAGAACCGGCGCACGGUGCUGCAGAUGUCCGUGUGGCAGGAAUGGCUGAUCGCCAUGGCUUACAUCCAUCCGAAGAACACGGAGGAGCAGAAGAUCUCGGACAUGGUGUACUCGUUGUUUCGCAUGCUGCUGCACCACGCGAUCAAACACGAGUACGGCGGAUGGCGCGUGUGGGUGGACACGCUGGCCAUCGUGCACUCCAAGGUAUCCUACGAGGAAUUCAAGCUUCAGUUCGCCCAGAUGUACGAACAUUACGAGCGGCAGAGGUCGGAUAACAUCACGGACCCCGAGCUAAGGCAGCAGAGACCGAUCAGCACUAUCUCCGGCUGGGAUCAGCAGCAUUCGGGGAAUAACGGGUACAACAAACCGUCGCCCUGGGGCAACCAGCAGAACCACGAACAGCAACACAUCGAAAGAAACUACAAGGAGUACGACGCGCCAGAAGGCAACGACCGCCUGGAAGAGUCCUGCAGUUGCGAUCUGAACUCGAUAGACAACACCGAGAGCGACGGCAGCCCGGCGAUCGUGAAGUCGCACAGCGAGGCGAUGGACACUCCGCAAUCCAGCGAAGUGAUCUCUCUGGACUCCAGAUUGAGCGACAAGCCGGAGACACCGACGACAGCGCGAGAAGUCCACACGGACACGCCGACGAUCCUCGAAGAAGUGAACAGCGAGGCGGUGUCCCUGCCAACCACCCAGGAGGCCAGCGAAGUAAUAUCCAUCGAGAGCUCCAGCGACUUCUACAGCGAGGUGCAGAAGGCCAAGGAUUCUAGUCCCGACACGGUGGUAGUGCAGGAAGUUUUAAAGGAGGACGAGGAGGAACCAUCGGACCAGAAACUCGAAGAGGCCGCUGUUGAACCGGCGCCGACUGAACAAGCGGAAGAGAGCAAGAAAGAGGAGGAGCGAGAAGAGAAGACCGCGGUUAAAGAGGACGCCAGUGUGUCCGAAGCUGCAGCGGACGUUCAGGAAGCUGCUGCGGUUCCUGAAGAGAGCAAGGAGGUUCAAGAGAAGUCGGACGCGACGGAAAUACCGGACACCAACGACGUUGACGAUGCAAGCACCGCGGAGCUGUCCGAGAAAACCGAGACAACAGACGAAACCACGACGGAGAUCGUUGCCACGAUAGAAGAAGUUGCUGCUACAGAGAACACGACGUCCGCCAGUGAGACACCGGAACCUUUGACUAUCAAGGACAUCGAGAAGCUACAAUUGGAGAACGACCGGGAAAUAAUCGACAGCGACACCUCGGAGGCAUACUUAACGCCCACGGAGAAUCAGGAGAACAUAGGCGAUAUAAAGAGCAAAGGUUUUGACGGAGAGAAAGUUGAGGAGAAGGUCGAGGAGAAAGCCGAAGAGAAGGCCGAAGAGAAGGCUGAAGAGAAGACCGAAGAGAAGAGCGAAGAGAAGACCGAAGAGAAGACCGAAGAGAAGGCCGAAGAGAAGAUUGAAGAGAAGGCUGAGGAGAAAAUCGAAGAGAAGGCUGAGGAGAAAAUCGAAGAGAAGGCUGAAGAGAAGACGGACGUGGACGCGAACGCGAACGAGAAGGAGGAAGAGACCGAGACCCCGAAGAAGGAGGCGAUCGCGGAGACCGAGGUCGGCGAGAACGAUACCGAGGAGAACUCAAAGAAUCCCAAUUGCUCAACUAGCGUAAUAGAAAGUACGGAAACCAGCGAGAAAAAGGUAGUAGAAGAAGUAGAAGAAGAGGCGAACGUGGAAUCAGUAGUGACUAGCGAGUUAAGUAGUGAGAAAUGCGCCGCGGACUCUGUAACGGAGGACAAAAGUGCUGUUAUUAAUGAUAACGACGACGAGAAGGUAACUGACAAACAUUCAAGGGAGCCGUCCACUAUUUCUACUAACGUAAGUGAUAAUAAGUCAGACAUUCCAGUGAGAACUGACGAGCUAGAGGUAACUGAUAGUGUUUGUAGUAAUAGCGAUAUACAAAGUUCUGUAGAUAAUGUGACGCAAGUGCCAAAUCCUAAGCAGCAAAUUCCAACAAUAUCUACGGUCUGUGAUGCAAAUAAAAAUAUGCCCGACGAUGUGCCUCAAAUCGUUAAUUCUGCCGUGGUCGUGAGGGACAGUUCGUUAGCGAACGACGUAGCCCCGGAUCACGUGGACACCCAUCGCAGAUCCAGCCUGCCGGCUGUACCCUCCGAGACCGCCGCUGAUGAGAACGCAAACAGUAACGAACCUCCUUCUUUGCCUGUACCCUUGCGGAAAACAUCGUCACCCCAGAAACGACCAAGGAGUGCCUCAACAUCCACGCAAGUGGACCCCAAUCAUUUUGAAUCAAAAAGAGCCAAACAAGGUAAUCCUUCAACGAGACCAAUGUUCAGUCCAGGUCCGACCCGACCUCCUUUCAGAAUACCAGAGUUCAAAUGGUCCUACAUACAUCAAAGACUACUCUCGGAUGUUCUAUUCUCGUUAGAGACAGACAUUCAAGUUUGGAGAAGCCACUCCACGAAGUCAGUGUUGGAUUUUGUGAACAGCAGCGAGAACGCAAUUUUUGUUGUUAACACUGUUCACUUGAUCUCGCAGCUGGCCGACAAUCUGAUAAUUGCCUGCGGAGGAUUGUUGCCACUUCUAGCAUCAGCGACCUCGCCGAACAGCGAAUUGGAUGUAAUUGAACCAACUCAGGGGAUGCCAAUUGAGGUAGCGGUUUCUUUUCUGCAAAGACUAGUCAACAUGGCUGAUGUACUUAUCUUCGCCAGCUCUUUAAAUUUCGGUGAACUGGAGGCCGAGAAGAAUAUGUCUAGUGGCGGUAUUCUCAGGCAGUGUUUACGACUGGUCUGUACAUGUGCUGUUAGAAACUGCUUAGAGUGUAAAGAACGUGGCAGAUCGUACAGCAUGUUAGGUCGGCAGAUUGGUACUAGUAAUAAAUCACAGCACAUACAGUCUCUCAUACGAGGAGCUCAAACAUCACCUAAGAACAUUGUGGAUAACCUGGCCCAUCAAUUAAGCCCCGUUAAAGAUCCUGAAAAAUUACUACAAGACAUGGACGUGAACCGUUUAAGAGCUGUGAUAUACAGAGAUGUUGAAGAAACCAAGCAGGCCCAGUUUCUGUCCCUGGCUAUAGUUUACUUCAUCUCUGUACUAAUGGUAUCAAAGUAUCGUGACAUAUUGGAACCGCCAAUAUCUCAACGUCCACCGAGCCCAGUUCAAACUAUACAGACUAAUGGCGCUAGUUUGAGACCAGGCAGUCCAUCAGCAGAUGGGAAUGGUGGUGGAGGAGGGCGGCCCCUGUUUCCACAGUGGUCUCACCACGUGUACCCACAGUUCCUCCCGGGAUCUCACCCUAACGCCAAUGCGAAUGCCAAUGUCAAUGCCAACCACCACAUCAACCAGCACCACCACCAGCACCCGCUACCGGCUGCCAGGCACUCUAACCGCCAGCCCCCCUCCAACUAUUAUCUCCCGAAUCACCACAGUAAUCAUUAUAACCAUCAUCCGAAUAACCAUAACUAUCAUCGUCAUCAUCAUUACCAUCAUCACAAUAACAACAAUCACCAUCAUACGCUUCAAAAGCAUAUCGAUCAGCCCCGAAAUCUCUGUCAUAGAAACUCCGGUGUCGGUCUGCAAGGAAGCGGCGGUAUCAUGAGCCAGGCUGGUUCUCAAGACGACGGCGAAUACGAAGUAAUAAUCGUCGACGAGAACAACUCGUCGAUUCUGGCUGAUCACGACGUUACGUCGUCCGGGCCCCCGUCGACCAAGGGAGGUCACAGUGGUGUACCUCGGCCACGGACAAUUCUCGAGGAUUACACCUCGUCAGAACCAACGCUUGGCUCUACGACAAGGCCCGAACCACUGCCACGAACAAUCCAGAGCAACGACUCCAGCGAGGAGACAGUGCAUCGUAGCAAUAUCACCGCGGAUGCAAGUCCGUCCGACGUGACCACCGACAAUGAGAACAAGCAUAACUCGUCCGAGGAGGCUUGGACCGACGUGAACCUGAACGAAGAUGGGGACACGAUCCCGAUCACCAAUCAGAGAGAAGACCCGCGGAAUAUUCACAACAUCGCCCAUUCGCGCGGGGACAUCCAAGACAGCGAGGGCAACGUCCUGGAGCAGGAGAUGCUCGGGAACGCGGAACGCGGGGAGAAACCGUCGGCGGAGAUCUCUGUGGUCCGCGUGCCGGACAGAUUGGUAGUGACCUCGGCCUCGCCCCGACCCGACGAACUUCCGAUCAAGGGGUUGGUGGAUCACCUGCCGGUGCCGACACCGUCUCGCGAGGCGUCGCUCACGCAGAAGCUGGAAAUGGCGCUGGGCUCGGUGUGCCCUCUUCUGCGCGAGAUCAUGGUCGAUUUCGCUCCGUUCUUGUCGAAAACGCUGGUCGGCUCCCACGGGCAGGAGUUGCUGAUGGAAGGAAAAGGCCUGACCACCUUCAAGAACAGCAACUCGGUCGUCGAGCUGGUGAUGCUACUUUGUUCCCAAGAAUGGCAGAACUCCUUGCAGAAACACGCGGGCCUCGCGUUCAUCGAGCUCAUUAACGAGGGAAGGUUGCUGUCUCACGCGAUGAAGGAUCAUAUAGUCAGAGUGGCCAACGAGGCCGAAUUCAUCCUAAAUCGGAUGCGAGCGGACGACGUCCUGAAGCACGCCGACUUCGAGUCACAGUGCGCGCAAACGUUGCUCGACCGACGGGAAGAGGAGCGAAUGUGCGACCAUCUGAUCACCGCCGCACGCAGACGGGACAACGUGAUCGCCAGCAGGCUGCUGGAGAAGGUCCGGAAUAUCCUGUCGAACAAACAUGGCGCUUGGGGAUACAUGGAUCCAAUGGCUGCAAAACUGGCCGAAUACUGGAAGCUAGAUGCUUGGGAGGAUGAUGCACGUAGACGCAAGCGUUUCGUGCACAAUCCACUAGGCUCGAGCCAUCCCGAAGCUACGCUGAAAGCGGCCCUCGAGCACGGUGCACCCGAGGAUGCGAUCCUCCAAGCGCGUGAAGAGUUUCACGCGCAUCUCGCAGCCUCGCGUGCACAUCAGCAGCAAUUGCAGUCGGCGGAUCUCAUGGACGACAGCGAGCUGUUGUCGGACGACAGGGACCUCGACAACGACUUGACAGGCCCGGUGAACAUCAGCACGAAAGGAAAAUUGAUCGCGCCAGGUAUCGUGGCUCCCGGAAUUAUCUCCGUCACGUCCACGGAACUUUACUUCGAGGUAGACGAGGACGACCCCGAGUUCAAGAAGAUCGACGCCGAGGUUCUCAAGUACUGCGACCACUUGCACGGAAAAUGGUACUUCUCGGAGAUCCGGGCGAUCUUCUCCCGUCGGUAUCUGCUUCAGAACGUGGCCAUCGAGAUCUUCCUGGCUAGCAGAACCUCGAUCCUGUUCGCGUUCCCGGACCAGGCGACGGUGAAAAAGGUGAUCAAGGCGCUACCGCGAGUCGGCGUGGGCAUCAAAUACGGGAUUCCGCAGACUAGGAAAGCUUCGAUGAUGUCACCGCGCCAGCUAAUGAGAAGCUCGAAUAUGACGCAGAAAUGGCAGCGGAGGGAGAUAUCGAACUUCGAAUACCUGAUGUUCCUCAACACGAUCGCUGGACGAACAUACAACGAUUUGAACCAGUACCCAGUGUUCCCGUGGGUGUUGACUAAUUAUGAAACGAAAGAACUCGAUCUCAGUUUGCCCAGCAAUUACCGAGACUUGUCAAAGCCAAUUGGGGCGUUGAAUCCAAGUAGAAGAGCGUACUUCGAGGAACGUUUCCAGAGCUGGGAACACGAUAGCAUACCGCCUUUCCAUUACGGCACGCAUUACUCGACUGCUACUUUCGUUCUGAACUGGAUGAUCCGCGUGGAGCCGAUGACCACGAUGUUCUUGGCCCUCCAAGGCGGCAAGUUCGACCACCCGAAUCGACUGUUCUCCUCAAUCGCUUUGUCUUGGAAGAACUGCCAACGGGACACUUCCGACGUGAAGGAGCUGAUUCCGGAGUUCUUCUUCCUGCCAGAAAUGCUGGUGAACAGCAAUCGGUAUCGGUUGGGUAGGCAGGAAGACGGAAGCUCGGUCGGCGAUGUUGAGCUGCCUCCGUGGGCCUCCUCGCCGGAGGAAUUCAUAAGGAUUAAUCGAAUGGCGCUCGAAUCAGAGUUCGUGUCUUGUCAAUUGCACCAUUGGAUCGACUUGAUAUUCGGUUACAAGCAGAAGGGGCCGGAAGCAGUGCGCGCAACGAACGUGUUCUACUACCUAACGUACGAAGGCAGCGUGGAUCUGGACACGAUAACGGACCCCAUGAUGCGCGAGGCCAUAGAAAAUCAAAUCCGAAACUUCGGCCAGAUACCGUCGCAGCUGCUGAUAGAGCCGCACCCACCGCGGAGCUCGGCGAUGCAUUUGAGUACUGCAAACUUUGACAAGACGUUGCCCACCGUGUUGCAGUCGCCGAUGAUGUUCUCGAGCAUCCCCGACGACGUCUGCAUGACAAUCAAGUUCCCGUCGAACUCGCCGAUCUGUCACAUCUCCGCGAACACGUACCCGCAGCUACCGUUGCCGUCCGUCGUCACUGUCACCACCGGACAGCAAUUCGCUGUCAACCGAUGGAACACCAACUACGCCGCGUCCGUACAGUCGCCGAGUUACGCGGACGCCCCGCAGGCUCAGGCUGCCAACCAACCGCUCUCCAUGGAUCCUGUUCUCUCGCAAGCAGCGAACAGCUCGAAUCCGACGCUACGCAGACACUUGGGCGACAAUUUCAGUCAGAAAUUGAAGAUCCGAAGCAACUGCUUCGUCACUACUGUGGACAGUCGAUUCUUGGUCGCCUGUGGUUUCUGGGACAACAGUUUUCGAGUGUUCUCCACCGAGACUGCGAAAAUCGUGCAGAUUGUGUUCGGCCACUACGGAGUCGUCACAUGUCUGUCCCGAAGCGAGUGCAACAUCACUUCCGACUGUUACAUUGCAUCUGGUAGUGCAGACUGCACCGUUCUCUUGUGGCACUGGAACGCUAGAACGCAGACGAUCGUUGGGGAAGGCGAAGCACCGGCACCCAGAGCGACCCUAACGGGACACGAGCAGCCUGUCACGGCUGUCGUUAUAUCGGCCGAGUUGGGCUUGGUUGUCUCCGGCUCUUACUGUGGACCAGUUCUCGUGCACACGACUUUCGGCGAUCUUCUGAGAUCGCUGGAGGCACCGAAUGGGUUCUCGUCGCCAGAGAACAUCGCGAUGUCGAGGGAAGGUGUGAUCGUGGUGAACUACGAGCGCGGCCACAUCGCCGCGUUCACCAUAAACGGAAAACGCCUCCGUCACGAGUCUCACAACGACAAUCUUCAGUGUCUUCUGCUCAGCAGAGACGGCGAGUACUUAAUGACAGGUGGCGACAAGCGGAUCGUCGAAGUGUGGAGGACUUUCAACCUUGCCCUUCUGUACGCAUUCCCAGCUUGCGAGAGCAGCGUGCGUUCUCUGGCGCUCUCCCACGACCAAAAGUUUCUCUUAGCCGGGCUGGCGAACGGGUCGAUCGUGAUCUUCCACAUCGACUUCAACCGAUGGCACCACGAGUUCCAGCAACGUUACUGAGAUUGCUUCGCGUACGUCUAGCAGAAUCGUACACGCACGAGCGCAGCCCAUCCGUUAUCCGACCUUCUCGAGCAGCAACAGCAGCGGAUCAUCCCGAAGCCGUGGAUGCGUCGCAACGGUGACCGUCUUCGCGCGAUCUGAGGAGCCGGCCACUUUCGAAAACCAUCGCCGGCGUCUACGACACAGACAUUACGAUUCUAGAAGCAACACGAAAUCGCAUCGCGCAAUCACACGCCGGUAACAAAAGAGGAAGAGGAGGAGGAGGAAGAGGAAAAGGAGGAGGAAUAAACAGAAAAAUAGUACGAUCGAGACUGUGAACAAGGUUCGUCGGGUAUCGCGGCCGAACCGUACUCCGGUUCGAGGUGUUCACUACAGAUAGGAGCAACGAGCAACGACGCUUUCGUAAACCGUUUAUUACAAUCAUGUAGUAGAGAGGGCGCAGAACGUAGCCGCGGAGCCAGCAGGUAAAACUAACAAUAUUCAGCGUUUAGCAAUAAAAGCUCGCUUUCGCGACUCUUUCACAAUUCAAGCAGUGCUUCCGUGAAGCGGCGCGAAUCGACGGCGACGCGCGAGCGAACAGUAGAAUCGAUCUCUCGAACCGCGGAGCCGACCGGCCUCCUCGAGUCGGCAGGGAGACGGUUCGCGUACCGGCCGCUGAAUUUUUCGAUCGGCGGGACAGGGCCGCGGGACUCGGCUCGAGCGGGUCGAGCCUCGGAACCGGUUCGAGAGGACUCGGAGAGAAAGCCGGACACGUCUCUCAACGCUAGUCAAUUACGAAGACUCGGAUCAAUCUCUACGCUUGCGAUAUGUUCGAAGGCCGAUUCUCUUAGUCACUUCUGCGUCGGAGUGUGCGGCGCGCUGAUCCGACGACGGAUAGAUCACGACGGGCGAGGCCCGGCGAUCUCCCGUGGGCCGCGGAACGGGGCCCGGCCGUUCUCAGGCGACCCGUCGAUCAUCGUCAAUCCGCCUGGAGCCGCGCGGGUACGGCCCUCGACACCUCUAGCGCUGUAGCAAACGUCCCGUUGUAAAUACAAGAGGAAAGUGGCAGGAAGGGAACGAGACAAAAAAAGAGAAAAGAAAGAAAACGAUAAUCUCUGCGACGUAUAAAUAUACAUAUAUAAAUAUAUUAUAUAUAUAUACGCAUAUAAUUCCGAUUAUAAUAGGGUGGCGAGCGAAUGAGCGAAAGUUUGGGGGAGGGAGAAGCGUGUAACCAUUUCGAGGAUGAAAUGUUUCCAAUUGUAUUAACCGCGCCGAUGUCGUAAUUGCCGCUCGUGAUAAAAAAGGAAAAAGAGAAACACUUUUUGGCUAAGCACUUAGUGAAUUCAGUUUAACGAUACGUGGACACCUCUAGAGAAACACGGACCUGGCGCGCGCGCGCGCGCCCGUGCACGCGCGCAAAGGUGUAUACGCGCGUGCACGCAGGCGGAGCGACCUGUGUGUUACCAGGCCUGCACAAGAUGCACUUCCGCGAACAGAUUACGAUUUACAAAGGGGCGUCCAACGCUUUUCCGCAGCGCCCCGAUCUCUCUCGAGAAACCGCAGAUCCCAACAAUCACCGGUACAACCACCGCCAAAAACACCACCGAAACCAUCCUUGCAAACACUUUUCCUAUAUAUUCCCCGACGUUCACGUCCUUCGAAAGAGAUCCUAAUUUUUAUCAAAGCCGUCCAGCUUAACUUUUCGCGAGGAUAUUUCUUGGUAUUUUCGCACGCGAGGUAUAAUUAAUCAGCAAAGACAAACGUUAUAUAGGCUUAAAAAAAAAAGAAGAAAAGGAAAAAAAGAAACGAGAAAUCACAUCCCGAGUUCUCGCAUUCCCCCAGCGAUCCGAGAUCGUACGGGGAUCGACGUUGUUCGUGCGUGACCGUGCCGCCCGUAUUCAUUGUUCGAGUGGAACAUUCGGACCGGUCCGGGCGUUAGUUUCGAGGAAACUUGCCGAGAGAACAUUGCAGAGAGAUUCACGAGUUGCGAGUAAACGCGGCGUCUCGGGCUCUCGUGGUCUGAAUCGUUCGGAUCGAUCGUGAUCGAGACUUCUAGAUAACGGUGUACUUAAUAAAGCGAUCCGAAGAUGUUAUAGAUCUUUCGUUUGUAGAAUCGUUUUCGAUCGGACCCAAGCUGUUUGGCUGCUUACGUUCUAAAGAAAGUACUUAUAGCGUUCACCGAUAAUUAUUCCAAUUGUAAUUCUGGCUCGGUACUUAAUUUAUAUUCUGUCGCACACGCAUGAUAUCCUGUGAAAAUCAUUUCUGUGAUAUUUCUUUUAUUUCUUUGUAUUCUGAAAUGUGUUACCUACUUUUGUCACCUCAAAGAAGGUUGCUAUUAGGAAUUUACAGGAAAAAGAUUCAAUCUGUCGCUUAACAGUUUUCCUGUACUCGGUCGAAUCUUAUAAAUAAUAG